GGCCUGGUCACGGCGGUGAUCGGGGAUGUGGCCGCAAUCUUCGGCUGCCUCAUAGGUGUAAAGGCCAUGGGCACGGCCAUUACAUUUGUGGCAUUAGGCACGUCCCUGCCGGACACCUUCGCAUCCAAGACUGCCGCAGUGCAAGAUCCACAUGCCGAUGCAUCUGUGGGCAACGUGACUGGCAGCAACUCAGUGAACGUCUUCCUAGGACUUGGCAUGCCUUGGACGAUUGGAGCGAUCUUCUGGGCCAGUGGCGCCAAUGAUGAGUGGAGGCGGAGGUUUGGAGAUGACGACGAGAUUCCCGAGUUCUUCCGGGGUGGAGCCUUCAUCGUAAAGGCUGGCGACUUGGCCUUCAGCGUCACCGUCUUUUCUAUCUGUGCGGUGGUUUGCGUGGCCACCUUGGCUGCCCGGCGACGCCUUUUUGGAGGAGAACUCGGGGGGCCUCUUCCUGCCAAACUUGUCUCCGCUGGGAUCAUGAUCUCCUUGUGGCUAAUAUACAUCGGAUUGUCUUUCUGGAAAAUGGAAACGUCAUAGUUUAAAUGACUUUGCACGUACCUGGGCUUUGCAUCAUUGCAAGUUCUGAACAUGAAUUUCUAGGUUGGAGGCCACUAGGUUGGAGGCCAUCGCUCUUAGGCAAGUUCUGAAAAUGUUCUUCUCUGAAAGAGAUUUGUCGUUUCUUCGUCUCACCUUUUUGGACUGUCGGCCGAUUUCUGACGGGUCGAGUUGACUCGACACGCCAAGUGUGGCCAAAACAGUCUACGUUUUCACCACGACACCGGAGUGGACGAGGGCCAGAAGGAAGCAGAUACGUCAC